CGCAGCGGCGCGAGCAGCGGGCCAACAGCGGGUGUGCAAGGUCCUCCUCCGGCUCCGGCUCCGGCUCCCGCUCCUUCGCCCCAGACCUCCCGCCGGCCAGCAGAGUCCAGCGCCUCGCCACACCCCAGCCUGUCCCGCUGGGCACUCCAAGGGCAGCGCAAAGUUGCCCCGCACGGCYGGUCGGGCGAGCUCGGGCCGCAGCAGCCCCGCCGGCGGCGCGCACGGCAACUUUGGAGAGGCGCGCAGCAGUCCCCGCAGCGGACGGCAGCAGCGGCGAUGACUCCCUGGCUUGGGCUCGUGGUGCUCCUGGGCAGCUGGAGCCUGGGGGAGUGGGGUGCCGAGGCGUGCACAUGCUCGCCCAGCCACCCCCAGGACGCCUUCUGCAACUCCGACAUCGUGAUCCGGGCCAAGGUGGUGGGGAAGAAGCUGGUGAAGGAGGGGCCCUUCGGCACCCUGGUCUACACCAUUAAGCAGAUGAAGAUGUACCGAGGCUUCACCAAGAUGCCCCACGUUCAGUACAUCCACACGGAGGCCUCCGAGAGUCUCUGUGGCCUGAAGCUGGAGGUCAACAAGUACCAGUACCUGCUGACAGGCCGCGUCUACGACGGCAAGAUGUACACCGGGCUGUGCAACUUCGUGGAGCGGUGGGACCAGCUCACCCUGUCCCAGCGCAAGGGGCUGAACUAUCGCUACCACCUGGGGUGCAACUGCAAGAUCAAGUCCUGCUACUACCUGCCUUGCUUUGUGACCUCCAAGAACGAGUGUCUCUGGACCGACAUGCUCUCCAAUUUCGGCUACCCCGGCUACCAGUCCAAACACUAUGCCUGCAUCCGGCAGAAAGGUGGCUACUGCAGCUGGUACCGAGGGUGGGCCCCCCCGGACAAAAGCAUCAUCAAUGCCACCGACCCCUGAGCCCAGACCCAACCCCGCCUCACCUCCCUCCCUUCCCGCUGAGCUUCCCUCGGACACUAACUCUUCCCAGAUGAUGACAAUGAAAUUAGUGCCUGUUUUCUCGCAAAUUUAGCACUUGGAACACUUAAAGAAACGCCUGUGCUGUCUAUGGAGUUGAUUUGGACUAUCCUCCCGGCCCCCUGCACCCUUCUCCUUGGUUUUGACAUCACCCACUUCCACCUGAGAGUUUCUGGCCCAUGCCUAUCUUCGUGAUAGAUAGAUAACGUCUAUUUUUUUAGGAAAACAGAAAUCGAAAAACCUACCACAUCUGGGCAUUGUAAUCCCUACUSCGCUCUCUUCUCUCCCACUCGACCAUCUCCACACCCUCCUCCCCGCGUCCUCCUCCACCCACUACAGAAAGGACACAGACAAAAGAAGCUGCCGGAAGGCCAGCUCUUUCUAGAUCAGUCUAGGGCAGCGCCAGGCAGACUCGGGGUGGGCGGAAGAUCUUCCACCCAGAGGACAUGCUACUGCAGGUCCCAGCCAGACUGCCCGUCUGAGUCUGCGAGCCAGAGUGYGGGAGGGAGGAGCCGACUUCAGGGGAGGGCCUGAGACACGCGGCACACGUGGUGCUCCCAGCCCUGUGAUGCUUGGGUUGACCAGAUGUUUCUGAGCCUGGAGCAAGCAGCCAGGCCAGAAGACAGAGCUUUCUCGGUUGGUGACGACUUAAACAUCUGCCUGCAGUCAGGAGGCACCUCUCUUCCUUGUGCACAAGCUCAGGUGAAAGACUGAGAUGAAUGUCCUUCUUCUCCCCCACCUCCCUUAAGAUGUCCCGGGAAACUCUUUGGGAGGUCUGGCCCCGGAGCUUGCCUUGAUGUAAAUCAGAGAAAGACACACACUUUACGCUAUCCACAGAUAUAGCCAUGUAGAUUUGGGUAGAGAUUACUGUUUCCAAAGUAGAGUUUAGCUCACCUGGGGGGGAUGUGUUUGUAUCCACAUUUGCAUAUGCCCACAUGGGGACAUAAGCUAAUUUUUUUACAGGACACAGAAUUCUAUUCAAUGCUGUUAAAUACGCCAAUAGUUUAAUCUCUAUUUUGUUGUUGUUGCUUGUUUGAAGAAAAUCAUGACAUUCCAAGUUGACUUUUUUUUUUCAUUUUAAUUAAAAUUUGAAAUCCUGAACAUCUUCAACACCCUCUCUUCCCUAUAACUGGGGUCCUCUGACUUCUGUCCUGCUCCUUUUCUUCUGCUCUGUGUUUGGGGACUGUCACAUAAACUGCCUCGCUAGCUUGGCAGGUGGCAGUGGAGUUUCUGUGGGUCAGGGGCCGUGGGACAGCUGCAGAGCAUCUGGCCUCCACCAGGUGCCCACCUCUCUUGGGCUUCUUCCCGGCUCCCUGGUGGGUGGAUGCCACCUGCUCAGGUCCUCACCUCAUGGAGAUAAUGUGGGUGGUCCCCGGAGAAGCCCCACUCUGGAAUCAGCUGUAGGGUUUUUGUUGUGGGKKUUUUUUUUUUUUGGAAAUAAAACUAUAAUAUAAAUUCUCCUAUUAAAUAAAAUUAUUUUAAGUUUUGAGUGUCAAAGGCGAGAUGCUGAGAGUAGGUGAUGAUGGAUAUUGUUCAGAGCUGGGGAUGGUAGGAUGGUGAUCGCUCUCUGUCCCUUUCUUCAGAUUAUGGGUAUUUAUCAUCUAUUAGUAUUUGUAUCUUCAGUUUAUUCCWCUCUAGGAAGCAGAGCUGCCCGUUGUAACAAGAGGAAAAACAAAGAACAGACGUAGACAAGGAGCUGUAGUGUUUCUCCCCCACACAAAUACCCAGGCAGGAUGGGAGAGGCGGAACUCGGGGUGGGUUUCCGUGAGAUCAUUUCCCCUUGUGGUCAUGCCAUUUGGCCAGGGGGAUGCGGGAGGCUUGGCCUUCUCUGUGGGGCAGUGCGAGCAGGAGGAGCUGAGGCCAGCACAUGCGUGAGUGGUCUCCAAGGGGUGAGCCACAGACUUGGUUUGGGAUCAUCUCUUUCAAGCUCAGAGUCUCGCGAGGUGGAGCUCCUGACCCAGCGCACACGAGUGUGCCCCCACAAGUGGACAUCAGCCUCUCCUUCUGGGAGGUGUCUGGCCAUUCCCGGUCCCUGUGGUGGUCACCCCUACUGACAUAAGAAGGGACUUGGGGUGAGGCCUGAUCAUGAAGCACCUGAAGUGUCCCUGCAGAGUGAAUCAGUUGGCCAAACUGUGGCCCCGUCGGCUGGGCCCUGGUGGGGAGGUCCUGGGCAAGGAAGGGUGUUUUGCAAAGUGAUAUUGUCAGAGGGCGGUUUUUGAGCUUUCUAUAAGCUAUAGCUUUGUUUAUUUCACCUGUUCACUCACUGUAUAAUUUAAAGUCAUUUAUGUAGCCGAGACACUUCUGUAUUUCCAUCAUAUCGUGACUGUUUGAUUUUGCUAAAUCUUGUGUCAUGUCUGUAAUAUGUGUACCUUGUGUCUAAGAGAAAAAAAAAUAUGGAACCCACAUGCCGCCAUUUUCCUGAAUCAAAUUCUACAGUGGAAUCGAGGAUAAAAUACUUCUACUUGGGCAGGCAGCGAGAUUGGCAAAUUGGGGAAACUAGAAGGAGCUAGGAUUGGGGACACUCCUCCCGUCCCCUCCCCAGGGAUUCCCUGGAUACGAAGGAGAAGGAAACAGACCAAGUGCAUUUCCUGUCCUUGUUUUUUAUCAGCUGGCCCUGGUCAUCCCCUGCCAACUCCCAUUCCUGUUCCCCUCAAGCCCUUUCUCCCACCCCGUGGGGAACCCAUGAUUUCUCCUAAAAUUCCAGAGCCUCGGGAACAGUGAUUCCGACUUCUCUUUGCCUCCUCGGGGCACCCUUCUGCCUCCUCAUCCAGGAAGCCCAGGCUGUUGCUUCCAGGCCAGAGCUCUGCUGUGACCGGGGUAGAUAAGGCUAGACCUCACUUCUUUACCAUCCCCCACCCCAACCUGCCUCAGGGCAGCUGAGCUACAGCCCUAGAGCUCUGUGACCUGGGGAUGGCUCCAUCCGGGAGAACUGUGGCCCCAGGAGUGUGUGCCCUUCCCUGCCUCAACCCUUCCCCUUCAUCUUUUGCAUGAUGUUGGACAAUGUGGAUGGCCCCAAGGUGGCACCCAAGGAUUUGGCUCUUACCCACCUGAAGUCAAAUGAUCUGAGUAUUUCCAUCAGAGAGAAACAUGAAAAAAAAAAAAAAAAGAUCUCAUGUCACAAGCACCACAAAGUAGGUCGGGGAGGCGGAUACCAACAACUUCCAAAUCGGGCUCUUGGGGGGCAAGAAGUGAGGAGAACUGCGUCCUGCUCCGGGGCGGGGGCUUCUGAGAGUCUCCCGAUCCUCCACCUUCCCCUUUAGCCGGUCUGCUGUGCUGAACCCCAGAAGUGAUGGAGAGAAACCA